AUUCUAAGGGUCCCCGUCAGCGCUUAUGUUCUAAGUGAUGUAUAGACCACUGAGAUUUUGACCUUAUGGCAGCAAAGUCGAAAAGGUUACUGAAAGUUAUAGAUGGAAUACGUUCUUGGAAUAUUAGCUCGUCUCAACCAAAUUCGUCACCAAAGUCAGCCAUUGAAAUCGACGAGUAUUUAAAGACUGAACAUUUCCAAGUUGGAAAGAUCUCUGUGCAGGGUUUUCCUCACCAACCGACUUGCAUCGCUUUUGAUCCCGUUCAACGAAUUGUUGCUGUUGGAACGAAGUGUGGGUUCAUCAGGAUUUUCGGAAGACCAGGUGUAGACUGUAGCAUCUCUCAUCCCUCAGCAUCUGCUGUCCUUCAAAUAUUCUUUCUCGUCAACGAGGGUGGAUUGGUUUCCAUUUGUGGUGACGACGUUGCACACUUGUGGAACAUAAGACAAAAGAAUCCAGAAAUAGUACACUCUUUACAGUUCAAACGUGAACAUGCUAUUCCCUAUACUGCGAGAAUCAGUGCUCUUGAUUUCAUCACAAUCCAGUCACCUUUCCUCACGUGGUUGAAUCUCAAUGAACAAGCAUUCCAGCCAGUGUAGCUCGGGUGGGUCGGGUAGUAAUUAAACCUGACUACUGCAUCAAGUGGCCAGUUUGACCUGCGGUCAUCUUCCUGUUGGCAGCAGUUGGCUCUAUUUGGGUACUGAUAAGGGCAACGUGAAUUUCAUAAGUGUUCAACGGUUUACUACAUCGGGCUAUGUGAUUAAUUGGAACAAGGCUAUCGAUCUAUCUCAGUCGUCGCAUCCGGGGAAAGUUAUUCAGAUAGCUGAGAAUCCUCAAGAUCCUAACAAGAUUCUUAUUGGUUAUUCUUCGGGAUUUCUUGUAUUAUGGGAUCUAAAAACCAAACAGGGUGAUGCUCGUUUCAAACAUACAGAUAGUUUGUAUAGUGUAGUCUGGCACUGGGAUGGAAAAAGUUUCCUUACUUCGCAUAAUAAUGGUUUACUUGCAACUUGGUUAAUUCGCCAACCACAACGUCCAGUUUCUGUGAUCUGCCCACAUGCCCCUGGUGAAGCGGUUCCAGAUGACUAUAUAUUUUACGAACCGAUACGUUUGGUAGAAUGGCUGCCAACUAGAAAUGGGUUAGUUCUUCACGUUUAUAAUUAUUGCGAAGGUCCUAAAUGUAGAAGUGUUGCGUUUCAUCGAUUAAAUGUUUCAUUGAUUCCUGGUUUGAAGUAUUAUAUAUUGGCACAUUUUUGUAUAUCAUAACUGUACUUUGAUAAACGAUAUAUUACUUAGACAACACUAGUUAGAUUACUACACCCAUUUAGGCUUGUGUUGUGUUGAACCGUCCUCCAAUUUAUAAUACCUGAUUCCAACACUCGAAACUAACCUGCUAAUUGAGUGAAAGCUUGACUGCUUAGCCGAAAUUUAAAUAUAUACAGAAAACUCAUCAUUAUAGAUGAACGUCUAGAAUAGUCGAACCAGAAUUCAACCAGUGGUAUGUUUCUGUACCUCUUGAAAGAUUGAACUAAAGCUCAACCAAUGCCAUGCACUCGUCAACAUCCAUUGCCUAUCAUUUGGUCUCGAAAAAAAUGUCUGAUCACCUUACUCUUCUUGGGACGUAGCCUGCCUGCCAAGGUUCUCCAGUCAACUUUGUCCUGGGCUCUUUCUCGUUGUUGAUAAAUGCUAUUCAUCGUUUGAUAUGUCUAAUUUCCAGCGCCUUCUUUUCCUUGGUCUUUCGCUUUUCAAUUUGUCUUGACGAGUCCUAGUUAGGGCUUGCAUUGUGAUACGGUUUGAUAAGUUCUUUGUUUCAUUAACUGGCAGCUGAUUUGUUUGCUACCAAAGUAGGUUAUUGUUGAUAGUCUCUGCCCAUUAGAUAUGAAGUAUCUAGCGUUGACAUUUUUCUUAAAUACCUGUAUUUUUUGGUGAUAGCUGUGAUAGUUCUCUAAGUUUCAGAUCUACUCUAUGGAGUUGUUAUAACGUUUAUGUUGAAAAUUCUAAAUUUGGUCUUGUGUAACAGUUCUUUCGAGCUCCAGAUAUUGCUUAAUUAUUCUUUCACUAAUGUAUAUCUAUUUGAUAGUAUUUUUAUUUAUUGUUGGAUACAAGUGACCAGUUGACUUGUAAAAUGUUCGAGUUCCUAUCAUAAGUUCAAAUUACACAUUCUGAAAAAAUCAAUAAGGACAAGUAAUAAACAUAUUAAGAGCUAAAUUAAACAGGUAAUGUAUGAAAUGUAGUGGAAUUACAAAACACAAAAAAAUCGUUUUGGUGUUGUUAAGUUCACUAAACUGCAUUGUUUAAUUACAGUAUUUUUGCUGUGCUUGUGGAAAACAUCAGUAAUUUGUGUAGAAGUGAGCUUCUUAGUUAUUGCACCAGGAGUAAAUCAAUUCGUCCUGUUGAUCUUGUUUUUUUCUAUAAGUUUCGUUGUCCUCAUUCGUCCUUGUACUCAAAGUGUCUUAGUCAAUCGGACUUUCUCCAUGUAGUUGAUUGACAUUUUCCUUAUAAGAUUUGUAUUAGUUUUUCAUUUGAUUCCCGAUUGGUCCGGGUUCCACGCUUCCAGAAAUUUUCUAGAGUACUUCUAUUUCUGUCAGUCCAGAAUAUUGACGUUUUCAUGGUCAAAUUUAUAUAUAUAUAUAUAUAGUUUUCUAUAUGGAUUAAUAUCCCUGGUAACGUGUCGUAUCGUUCUUACUAUAAUCUCUCUGUAUUUUCACAACAAAAACCAAAACUAUAUACACAGAUUAAUUGUCAGCUCAUUUAUUCAUUGACAGUUAUAAUAGUAAUACCAGUGCUUGCUAAGCUUUCGUCAAUGUCCUUAAAAUGAUUUCUACUUUUUUGUUUCUAUUCGAAAAGAAAACAAAUGAACUCUCUCUUCCGUUAGUUGUAGGUACAUUUUGACCUAGUCAGAUGAAACAAUUAAAAUAACUGAAAACAAUGAUUUUUUUUUAAAAAUUUCGUAUGUAUAUACUCAAAGUAAUAGAGGAAUUAUGUGAUAUUUUUGCUAGCCUAAACGGGAUAUAAAUUGUUUUUAGUUUAAUUUAUUUACCAUCAUUUUAUCAUUCUUCUCUCAAAAACAAAACCUUCAGUGAGUUAAUAAAUGGAUGUUUUUUUUAAAAAUGUAUAUUUUGAUUUUAUCUUCUGCCAUCAUAUUACAAAACAAAUAGUGUUGUUUCAAAGUUUCUUUUCAAGUACCUAACAGUUUAUUCUUCCUUCUGUUAUUUACUAAGGUUGUUGGUUUAUUAGAUUAUAAAAGUUCAAGAAAAUCUACUGUUCAUCUUGCUUCUUGAGUUUUUCUACUGUUCUUAUUAUUUUAUAUUUAUUUCGCUUUAUAGACAACUCAAAAAGUAACAUAAUUAAUGUUGAUUUCGACUAAUGAGGAUUGUGUUACGUUGGUAAUGUGUAUGUAUCCCCAGGAGAUUGGAGUUUGUUCGAUCUAAGGCCAUUAGUUUAAACUUUAUAGCUAUAUUAUUCUCUAUGGUAGUUUGCAAUUAGUAGAACUUAAGUUUCCUAGGCAAAAAUAUAAAAACACUAUAAGUUGAACUGAACUUAAAUCUUUAGUGUGACUUAGAAAUUUAAAUACGCAAGUAAAUUCACUGCAAAAUGUAGAUAAGCUUUUAUAUAUGAAGACCGUUUGUUAUUAGUGUCAAGCUUUAUAGAAAUAAUUUUCAACAAAGGUGGCCUACUUGAAUAUCUGGGUUACCUGUUCCUCUCAUCUAGAUAUUUCAACAAUUUGUAUUUUUGUUUGUUUUAACACAUUGUUAUGUCUAUUAGUCUCGUAACCUAUUCAGGCGCACUUAUGAAAAUUUUACGACUCAUCGCUUUAAAAUUUACAAAAAAGUACAGAGAAAUCGUGGUGGCUGGCAAAAUGCAUUAAAAAAGAACAUUAAUCGGUAGUCGAUUCCUGAACUAUUGACUUCUAACUGCCUAUCAUCAAUGGAAAAGGUGGGCUAUCGUCAGUUCCUACAAAGUCUAAACGUAUAUCGUUAUUGUGGUGUAAUCACAGUUCAAGAAUCCUGGUUAAAUGCUUUACAAGUCGUUUGUUUAGUAUCAAUACAAGGGUUCAAUAUUUAUCAUCAGUAUAUGUGACUCGUAAAGGUGCUCCAUUAUUUUGUUUUGAUCACUGCAUAAUUCGUUUUCUACCAAAAGUAUGUUGAAAGCUUGGAAAGAUUAAACUCUUACAUCAGUCAAAGAAAGUCAAAUAUGGGAAUUACUCAGAAAAAAUAUCCAAAGUCUGAAAACCAUGUUUCGUGCGACAAACUGGGAAUUAUUUGUAAACAAAUAAUUGGAAAACACCUUUCAUGUUGUCACUUUUUAUCUUAAAUUCUGUUCUGAUAUUUGUUGUCCCACUGAAACUGUUAUUGUAAGCUAUGAUCAACUUACAUCUCCACAACUAAAAUUAUUACAUAGGGUAAGAGAAAGAAUGCUCGAGGAGAAAAAAACCCCAUUGAAGGUCGAAAGCUAAAUGGUCUAACAAACCAAGAGAUGAGACGUCUGAACUCAAUGUUUUCUCUGAAACUCCUAUCUCGUAAAAACUUUUCAAGUAUGUGGAAACUGUUUUAAGAACUUACAGGUGAGAGGUUCAUUAGAAGCCAUAAUCAGCUGAAUGUUUGAGACUUAAAUAAGUUUUUUGUACGUCAGUCAUCGGAUGUCAUGCUUCCGACAUCUGCAGGUUCGAAGAAUAAUUGUGUUCCGAUUUUCACUGAAGCGGAUGUUCGCAAAUGUCUCCAAUCACUUAGGACCUGAUAAAGUCUCAAAAUUCCUUUUCAGAAAGUGUGCUGAUGUUCUGUGUUAUUCAUUCACGGGCAUCUUUAACUGACCGUUCUGAACUAAUCUCAUACCGAAGUUGUGGAGAAAGAUAAAUAUAAUCUAUAGCAAUCACUUCAUCUCUUAAAACAGUAGAAAAUAUUGUUGAUUCUCCCACUUCAACCUGCAUUAAAAGAGCACACUGAUCAGUUCGCUUACAAGGAUACUGUUGUUCUACAUCAUAACAUAGUGUUCAGCUUGGAAAAGUGUAAGAAGUAUGUUUGAUGCGCUUUUCUGAACUAUACUUCUGCUUUUGAUUCUGUCCCAAAACAACUUUUAUUUAACAAGUUAAUCAGCGUCAACAUUGAAAGCUGGAUAACCAAUUGGCUGUGCUCCUACCUCUUUGGAAGAGAACAGUACACUGUUUGAGGAGAGUGUUCAACUUCUCUACUGUCUCAUAGUGUGCUACAUGGGACUGUUCUUUCACCUCUUUUUUUCUGCAUGAUCUACCAUCUUCCACAGAAAACACUUGUAAAAUAUGCGGUCGAUUUCACUGUAUUCAUGCCGAUUUCUACCUCUUUACAUCCCAUAGAAAUGAAUGAGUUUGUGUAUCGUAAUAAAUGGUGACCUGUUGUUGAUGGUCUCUUACUUAAUCUGUUUAAAUGUCAAACUGUUAACUUUUACCUGUGACAUGAACAGCAACUAAACACCCUGUUGGAAUCCCAUAAUGUUUGUACUAUUGGAGAUUCUUUGAUACACAGUCUCGAAGGUCAGUUAUCUUGAUGUUACCUUUUCCUUUGAUCUCUCUUGCUCUUCUCAUGUUUUAUUGUUAUUGAAGAAAGUUUUCUAUCUGACUUACUACAUAAAGAGGCUGCAUGUUUUCGGGAUUAUUGAACAUUUACUCUUACAAAUAGUUGAUUCUUGAAUAUUACCUAUUAUUUUUUACUGUUCUUUAUUAUUAUUCCCCGUGGUUUUGAGAAAAAGAUUUUGCUGUAUUGCGAAGAGCUAUGAAGGCAGUUAGCAGGGUGUGUGGUGUAUCUUUUGAGGUCAUUAUUAUUAUGUUUGUAGAUGGACAUCUAAAAUCUUUCAAACUCCUGGGAGGUGUUUUUUAUCAGAUACUAACUAUCCAAUUCAUUAACAUCUUUCUCCUAGUAUAUCUUCUGGUAGAACGAGACGUCAAUACGCUAGAAUCUAUGCACGCAUGUAAAAAUAUGAAAGCUGUACGAUACUUUAUCUAGCAAAUAUACUAUAUGACGAACAGAUUGUUAGAACUGACCUACUCAAUAUCUUGUAUUCCUAAACAUGAUUCUAAUUCAAAAUCAUUUUAAUAAACAUUUCAUUUAAUUCCAGAAGGUUGCUUAAAAUAUGUAUACAUGUAUGCACUUAUUGGCUUUUUGUUUUGUAAAAUAAGCUUGUUGAAAUACUUUUUGCUGAGACUUCUGUAUUGUACCAAAAAUAUAAUAAAUGGAAUAAAUCCAUUAAUGAUAAACAAAUAAAACCUUAGUCUGUCACAGUUUAUCUGUCUUACUAGUGAAUCGUCGAUUAUCAUUGCUAUUAUAUUAUUUUGAUUCCUUUGCUAUUUAUUUUUUUUAACUUCUCGUCGUUUUAAUUUGAUUUGGCAACUUAAACCAGUGGAUAUUUGUUUCAGGGUCUAUGGAUAGAUGUGCAAAAGCUUUAGUAUCAUAAUACUUUUUAUUCAUGACUGCUAAUGUUUUGCUUGUGUCAGCUCAUGUGAUUACAACAGUCCUAUAUUUUUUUAAAUGAGUGUGAAGCUAUCAGUUUUUAUGAAAUGUUAGGUGUAAGAUGUUUUUGUUUGGUCAAAAUGUGGGAUGUUUUUUGAUGUGGUAAAUGAGACUUUUACUGGCAGUUGUUCGGUUAGUGGUGGAACAAUUUCUAGAGUCCUAAGUGGUUUUCUAUGAAAAUUGACUUUUAAUCCUUUCUCUCGUAGAGUGAUUUCAUGGUCGCUUGCUUAUCUGUAUGAGAGAUUAUGAACGAUUCUUCAACCAUUAGAACUAGACUUAAUUGUUAAGAUUUUCUUUUUCUUGAAUCUAUUCAUUGUUUGUUUGUCGGCAUUUCGACAUAUUUGAAUAAUAACAUUCUCUCUCUAUAAAAAGGUUAACAAUGGUGGUUAUACAAGCAAACAAAAGGAGUGGCAAUGAGAUCCCUCAUGUCUUCGAUUGUACCCAAUCAAAUAUUUUCGCCAAUGACAUUAAACGACGAAUUUGUCCCAGAUAUCUGGAUGAUAAUUUUAUCGUUGUGAAAACACCUUUCCUACGAAUGUUUUUCUAAACUAAUCAAUACACUAUCAUCAAACAUUAAAUCUACCUACCUGCAUGAUAUUAAACACGGUCGCAUAUCAUUUUUAGUUAAAAGAAAUCUAAGUGGAGCUCUUAAUCUAAUUAUCUUCCGAAAACUAACGCACUUGAAUCCUUCUAUUGACUUCAAUUCAGCACAUUCAUAAUGUGCGUACAUCUCUCUGGGCAAUUUAAUAAUUUUCCUAUAAAGAUUAUUAAAAUUGCAGUAAAACAAAUCGAGUUGCUGCUAAGUAAUAGUUCGAAUGAAAUACAAUGGAUGAUUACUGUAGUUUUACCGUGCCGCCAUAGUACCACAGAACUCCAAGGAUUCUUAUAACAAUACAGAAUUAAAUCAUAUUACAAAACAACUAACUCCCUUCGAAAUAUUAUUGUUCGUACAGAGGAUAAGAUCUCUUUUAUGUCGAUACAGAAUUAUGUUUACGUAUUAUAAUGUGUCGAUUGUAAUGCCUUUCAUAUUGGAGAGUCAUCUCGUGAAAUCCUGAUUCGAGCCAAAACACAGCUUGUUUUCCGCACAAAAAUUAGUUUCCAUGUUUUGAAUUCAUAAUAGCCCGUCAGUAUUGCUUUUCAUUCAUUUUUCUGUUUUUUUUUUUCAUAUUUUCUGUCUAUUACAUGUAUAAUCGGAAUUCGCCAAAAUUAUUUAAUUUCUAGGCAUUAAACAAAAUAUUACAAAAACUCAGUUUUGUAAACUUCAUGUUCACUGUUUCAUUUUGCUUGUAUCAUAUCUGCUAGAGAUUUCUGUAUUCGGAAUACGUGUCUUUGCAAUUGUACAUUAAAGAUUUUUUAUCUCAGUUAAAUUAUUCAAAAUUUAGUUCAUGUACGAAUCCGGCUUUCAUUUACAGCUGAUUGAUCACUGGGUUGUGAUCAUGGUCAUGUGUGUCAGGUCCUAUCGACCAAGAAUCCGGCUUCAUUUAUUCAAUAAUUUAGUGAUUACUUUAGGCCACCUUUAAUUCUUUAUUUGCAAAGCUGUUUGAAAGCAUGUUAAUCUCUUUUCUAGAAACUUGUUUUGGGCUAAUUAUUUCUAUAUAUAUACUUUGAAAAAUCAAGUUUUUCAUCAAUGUUUUAUUGUUUACUUGUAUGGAGCUAUUCGUUGUUGGAAAAAUCGCACACUAUUUCUCGAGUUAUUAAUUUGAAAUUCUUGCCUUACUGAUCGCUAUUAUACGUUUGCGUAGAUUUUGACUACAUAUAGUGGUUUAAUAAUUUCAGCUCAACAUCCUCAGGUUUCCAAAUCUCCCCAUUCAUCACUGACAUGUCCACCAGAUCAUUUUACACUAAAUCUCCUUUAGAGUUUUUAAAAAACAGCUAAUUAUAAAUGUUCAUAGAAUAAUCAUUUAUCUUCAUCGUUACACUGAUUGUAAGCUUAUAUGUCUUUACGAUAAAUUAACAUCUAUUAUGAUUAUUACUAAAACAUUUCUAUGCUAGUCAAAUGCACUCUCUCACAGUUCCUAUCGUUUGUUCCCUUUUAUAUUAUACUGUAAAAUAAAUGGAAUAUCUGUUUGCUAGAAUAUAUUUUAAAAGGAUAUGUAUCAGUUGCAUGUACUAUACUUUUGUUUAUUUGUAAUAUCUACGGAAAAAGUGUAUUUGUCAGUCCUGUUUUUUUCACUUUAGGUAAAUUGAAUAUUAUUAUCACUCGCAAUCAAGUUUGUCUAAUUUUCACAUUAUGGCUAAGUGGUAUUUUAUAAUUCCAUAAAUGUCAACUGAAUUGUUAUCAUUCUGUACUGUUUUUCUAUAUUAUUUAAAUUAUCAGGGUUGUUGUUGUUUAAUAAUAUUACUUUUUCUGAUGUGAUUCUGUGGAAACUAAUCCACUCUUAUGAUCGUCUACUACUUUUUGUACAUAUAUUUAUUAAAUUGUGUAUGCAUGCAUUCAGUAUCAUAUACUGUAUAUGAUAUUCCAUUCUGUGUGUGAGUUUCCUGCUAAUUUCUCUCAGUUUAAGGUAGCUAGAUAUAUGUUUGUGUGAAUAUGUUAAUGCUAACAGUGAAACCCCAUUCUUUUUGUUACAAUAUAUACCAAAUCACUUAUUUCUGCGGUUUCUUCUUUCUACUUUGUCCACAAAAAAUCCUAUUUUUUUAGAAGAAUAGUAAAAUGAAGGAGUCCCCUUGGGAAAAUUCUCUUUUUCUUCCUCAUAUAUAUUAUUUGCGAUAACUUCUUUUGUUAUUUUCCACUUAUACUUAAUGAGAUAAAAUAAAGAAUUUAGUAAAUAAAUUUUAAAAAGAAAUUGAAUUCCUAGCAUGUGUCACAUUACAAACUACCCUGUGUUUAACACAAGAUUUUAUUGCUUAGACAUGAAUGCGUUUCAUGUGAUUUCCGUUUCAUUUUGUUGCUACUUGUUUUUGAAUUUAUUCAAUUUGAUACACCUAUCUAUAAUACAAAAUGUUGAGGCAAAGAAACGUUGAUCAAUUUACAUUUCACAAAACUGACUUCAAAAGAAUACACUGAAGUUAUACACGUUUUUAAUUCAUUGGAAAUAAAUAGGAAAAAGAUUUAUUGAUAAGAAGAAAGGUCUUUCCAAUAAGAGAAAAAGGAAAUCAUUCAUAGAUAUCGUAAUUUAGAUUGUCUUCGAUUGAUACCCACUCUAUUUAGGGUCAUCUUUUGAUACCAGCUUACUAGAUAUCAAAAAUUUGUAAAAGUACGUGAGCAAUACAGUGUUUAGAUCAUGUGUUUAUUAUCUUCAUCAUGGAACUUCAAGUGUGUUGAAUUUGUCACUAAUUUUGACAUCUCUUUUACUUUAGCGAACCAUUCAUUAUCUUUUCUGGUGGUGGCCGUUCUCCUGGAGCUCAAACUGUCAUUCAUUCAUCAGUAGCUACUACUAAUGUCUCCUCGACAUCGUUACCUAAUUCAGAUUCAUCUGAAAAUGACCCAAAUUUAUCAUCAUCAUCAUCAUGUAUGAUUUCUAGUAAUCAUAUGUUGACUAUCAAAAGAGGCAAAAAGUUGGUCGUUUUACAAUUGGAUCAUAAACUUGUUCAAUUUACAACUCUUUGUAUGUCUCCUUACACAAGUGGUACGUAAUAGAUUUCCCACUUUUCUUUUCUUUCUAUUGGUAUUGAUUGAUUGAGUUCAUUGUCUAUUUUUUAUUGGGUCCAAAUUAAAUUAUUAAAUAGGUAUUCUUUAUGUGAGAACUUUUAUUUACAUGUCUCUUCGGAAUGACUGCCUGUGUACAGUUACUUGUUAGUGAGCUGAAUAAUUUUGGUUUUGAUACUAGCCAGUAUUGGGGAUGGUUUUAAGAAAGUUAGGGUCGACCAAUCCAAAACAUGGCACCAGUGCUUGAAGUCACUAACUUCUGGUCUGAGCCAUGUUGGUAGAUGCAGAAUACUUGGUUGGGGUCCGCGUGACUAUCGUUACGAAUGGUUGGAGACUGUGGGUGACAUGGCUCAGAAUCUAUCACAAUGGCGUAGGUGUAUAUACUCUUUGUCUUCCCUUAAGCUAUGAGAUUCAAGUCGCUUCAUAUCUUUCAUUCUACGAACUAAUUCUUUCUUCCUGUACUAUGUUCUUAUAUGCAAUCUUUCUAUUAUAUAUAACCACCACUGAAUCAACUACUUCUAUGAAUUCGGUGUUCAUCUUGUUGUGCUAAUGAGGUAUGGCGACUUGGACCGAUGCAUAUAUGUGUCUGGUCCGACGUUGUAGCUGACUGACUGAUACCUGAUAUUCCAAGUUGUAAUCGAGUUACAGAUCUAUUGGCUUUGUGUACAAUUGUUUCAUAAACUGCCGCAUAGUUUACUAAUAUAAUAUCGUCACUCAAGCAAACCAGUAUAUGGUGACAUUUCCAUUUGUUAUGUUAAACAAAAUUAUUUUAUUAAAACUGCUUAAUGAUACUGUUUUAUUUGUGCUUAGUGAAAACAAAGAUGAGCUACAAAAUUACGUUUGUUUAUAAUCUAACCUUACUGCUUGAUCCUUAUUUAUUCCAUAUCUAAAGAUACGUUUCCUUAAGUAACAUCGGAAUAAAAAGAUAUCAUACCUUAUAUGCGGCGGGCUAUUUUUGAAACAAAGUAUCUACUCUUGAGAUGCAUUUUCUGUUUUGCUUUUUGGACAUAUAUUUUUCUGACGGCUUUUAUGAAUAAAAAUGUUCCAACAAUCAUUCUAUCAGAAUGUUAAGAACACUAACUAGAAGUGUCACGUUAUUUGUACACAUAUGUGAUUUGCAUUCGUUCUGCUUAUUCUAUUCUUACUUAGACAAGAAAUAAAGUAAUUUAACAAUGCAUAACGUUUGUCCCCCACUGGUUUGAAGUCAUGUUUGGUUCCUCUAGAAGGUACAAUCGUAUUGAUAAAAUCCUUGUAAACGCGCACUUACGAGAUACAAGGAAACGACUUAUACACGACCACAAGUUAUUCACAAUUUAAUUGCUACUAUAAUUAAUGAUAUGUGGCAACUUAAAUACAGUAGAAAAAAUAGGAAAAAAUUUGACAAUCAACUUAGGGAACUUAUACUGUGCUAGGAAAAACUUAAUUAUAAAUUCAGCUUAAGUUAUUUCGUGCAGACAUGAACACAGUAAAUUAUAUUUCGUCCGAAUAUUAUUGUCUCUAAUCAGUAAAAUUGUACAAAAUAUUCAGUUUUUCCUUGUCUUUUUAUUAAGCGAGGUUUAAGAUCAAAUUGUAUUUUUAAUUAAUUGCUUUCUGUCCGGUUGUUUAUGCAUGGUUAAAUGUCUAAACUACGUGCUUAGUAAAGAUCACCGGUUAAUAUAAGCCGUGUGUUUCAUCUUAUUUUUCACUCAUUAGAUGGAUAAUACUUACAUCUAGUUAGCUGUUGAUACAUAUCUGGAGACUCGGACUUAACACUACCAACGAAACAUUAAACGCUAUCAUAGUAAUCACUAUCUAUUGUGAAGCUGCAUUCAAAAUCUUUUCUAAUACGUUUACAUUCUGAUCGGUAAUAUUAAUACUUAUUCUUUUUUCAGAGACAAUGGAUCCUUAUGCAGUUGCUAUAUUAUUACAAGAAGAUCUUGUUGUUAUUGAUCUUUUAUCUACAAACUUCGCAACAUUUGAAAACCCAUAUCCAAUGGAUUUGCAUAGUUCUCCUGUCACCAGCUGUUUAUAUUUAGUUGAUUGUCCUGGAGACUUGAUACCUGCUUUCUAUUCUGUUAGCAGUCGUCGGAAUCGUACUCAAAGUGGCACGUGUGCUGAACCUGAUGUGUUCAGCAGUCGCGAAUGGCCUAUUACUGGAGGAGAAUGGCGAUUAAGUAAUCAACAAGUUCCUGAAUUAAUCAUAACGGGGUAUUUGAUCAAUAAUAUUAUACUUUAUUGCGUUCAGUUAUUUUUCUGUUGACUUUUAUAUUAAUUGUUCCACUAUGCGGUGUACACACAUAUUAGCGAAGGGAAAUCAGUGUAGUUACCUUGUUUGAGCUUCUACAUCCAUUACUAUUCUGUGAUGACAAUUACGUUUAAAUUUGAGUAACUUUUGCAGAUUCAAUCUUCUUUCCUCAGUUAGGAUGGUAUAAUUACCCUAAAAUAUUUCCUACUAAGUACUGUCCCAUUGAGAAUUUGCAUCUUGAAUAAGUCAGCACUCAGUUUCUUGUAAUUUUCAGAUAUUCCUGUUUAGGAAUGGUUCGAUUGUGAUUUAUAAUGUUUAUAAAAGUAAUUGAUUAUUCGGUACCAUCACUCAAGUCAAAUACUAAGAGAGUUCACCAAUAUCAAAUCUCUAAUCUUAUGAAAAGUAGAAGUAUGUGAGAAAGUUUAGUUCGUUUCAUGAUAAUUAAAAUAAGUAUAUCAUUAAGCCAUCUAUCCAUUAUGGAUAUCGUCCUCUUUCAAUAUUGUCGUGAAGCUUUUCAUUUAUCCUGCAUGUGACAAAAAUUAUUCAGUUUUAUUCGAUGGAAAGUGUAUUUAUUUUUUAGAUCUAACAUGUAUCUUUGCUUACAAAACUGAGGAAAGAAGGUGAUGUAGACAAUCGUUAAUAGUUGAUAGUAAAGGAAACCAUUUAAGUUUCCUUUUGGUGUAUGCCUUUACAUUAAUUACCGCUUAUUGACAGCUCUGCUUUGAACAAUCAGUUCUAAUCACUCAUUCAUUUUUGAUGGACUGAAAUGAGUGGGUAAUGCUGUCUAUUUUCAUAUUAAAAAUUAUAUCAUCAGUUGGUUUUAGUGAAGUAGUGUGUAUACAUUAUUAGAAUCUGGUAUAAGUGAGCAACCUACCAACUUAUUAGAUAACAUUAAAGUUGUGUGAAUAGAUUCGUGAACAAAAGCACAUGGGUUAUAUCACUUUUAUUUCUCACUGUAGAAAAAACAUAUUAAUAUUGUCAGUAGACAAAUCAUUUGUUCAUAUAUAUCUUUAGUGGCUAAAUGUUAUCGCGUAAUACUAAUUGUCUCAACACUUACAUCUAUUUUAUUAUUUCGAAUUGAGAGCAAUGUUUUCUACGUAGAACAAACUGAAAUGGAUAAUAUUUACUCAACCAUUUAAGACUAGAGGUUACUGUCCAUGUAAUACGGAUUCUGUGUAUUCAUCUUUGAAAAAUUCCUAUUAUUGGCUACAGGUGUGAAUUAUAUUGAUUGACUUCCAGUAUGUUACAGCUGUAUCUAUGCAUUGGAUGAUUACAUUCGAAUUCAUAUAAAAAGUUUUUCCAUUAGUAUCAUACCACGAUUUUAGAUAGGUUCAGACAUUGUACUUAAGUGCUUUAGUUUAUUCAUUGGAACUGGCAUUGGAUUCAUUAUUAUUUUCUGUAUAAGCUGCCUCUAACAAAUUAUCACAUUUUCGCUAUGCGCAUUUUAUAGACAUGCUGAUGGAUCUGUUCGAUUUUGGGAUGCAUCCGAAGGUUUGUUUAUAUUUUAUUUAGUUUACGUUGUUCUUCAAUGUAACACUAUUUCUUUGUGAUCAUUUCUACACUGAUUGCUUCUGUUUACUCGCUCUACCUAUGACUACCAUUUAUCAUUUUUCCACUCAAGCAUUUUUUUGUCAAUAAAAUAGUAGUGAAAGUUUAAAAUGCGCAUUUUAAUUCAUGAAAAAAUUCCUUCUGUGGUCAAUCAUAUUAAUAGAUAUCGUUUCAAAUGUAGAGUAACCGCCCUUUUAAAACCACACAUUCUGUCUCACGAUUGAUUAUGCAAACUUGUACUUGGUUGUCGAAGUAGAUUUUCUGGUGUUGUAUUACAGAUCUAGAUUAGGACUCAAUGUUCAUCCAUAUUCGUCAACUUCUGCAUGUUUUCAACUAAAUGAGAGUGGUUUAAAUAUCUAGUGUUUAUUUUCUUGUUUAGGAUAAAGGAUAAAUUCCACAGUCAUCCAAAACACCUUAGUAUAUGAACUUCAUUGUCUCAAUGUAAAUAACACGUCCUAAUCAACCUAUUUAGUUCCCAUUCAAUGAUAAAUUUCUUUUCGUAGAAUAGAGUUGUGUACACAAUCAUGAAUGGUUGAUUAAAAAAAAUACACAUUGCCUGUUUACUUUCUAUUGCGGUUUUGUUGGAAUUUAUAUAGAGGUAUGGCUCUUCAAGGUUUUGACUGUUAUGAUUUUAUCUCAACACACACUCAUGGAAUUUUGUUGAAAUAACAGUGUUUUAUUCAACUCAGCUUUUAUUGGUUUGAUACUCACUUGACAAUAUGAACUAGAGUGGCCUUAAUUCUCCAACGUACCUAAUUAACCUUAGAGUAAAUAGUGAACGUGUUUCGCUUUUUCCUCAUAUGUUAUCCACGAAUUCAAGCUCACAAACUUUUAAAACAAAUUUUCUAUUUUGAUCUUUUCUAGUUUCGUUGACGCCACUCUAUAAGUUUCGUACUUCGAAGUUGUUUGCAAACCCAUCAACUAGUACAUCUAAUCCUGUUGAAACAGGCAGUUCCUCACUUUCUGAUGCAAAAGAUAUCAAUGCUCAAUAUUCUUCGAUUUUGUUAGCAACUGAAAGCGAUCCUCUUGCCAUACAUUUUAUGCACUUCUGCUCGGAUUCCCGUAAACUGUUAACUGCAAGCGGUUACCAUACUUGUUUAUUACACUUCAGUCGUCGAGAAAUAAAUCUUGAAACUGCAGUUAUGGAUAUCAAUAUGGCUUAUGAUGGAUUAGAUGAUAUUGGUUUCGCCUAUUCAACUGGUGAUACUUUCUCUGAUGAUCAUUUGAAUACUGCUGAAAAUUUAUCCGGUAACGUGACUAAGGAUACUGUCCAACAGUCAUUACCUCAUGUAUCCAGUGGGAGUGUUAGCUCUUAUCAAUCUGCAUCUCCAACAGAAAGGGAUUUACGCGUAUUCGUUCCAGUACGUCAAGGUAGCCAUCAUUGGCCUCCUGGCUACCAACCACUUCUUGUUUGUCGUGUAGGCAUACUUGGACUAAGCUUUGAGUCAAAUAUAAAGUCAAGUACCGAUCCUACAGCUUCCUGUCUCAUCCCUCCGCCAUCUAUUACAGCUAUUAGUAUGAGUUCAGCUUUUAGUUUAAUGGCUAUCGGAAGCGAAUUCGGCAUUGCUGUUGUGGAUUAUGUUCACAAGAUUUGCUUGCUGUCUAUUUCAUCUUCUGACUUAUUAAGUCGUGGUCCUAUCAAUCUAACUGGGUCGUCUGCUUCGGGUGAAGUGAAAUUCUGUGAUCAGAAUAAUAGUUCAGCUGGCUCAACUUCGUUGGCUAAUACAUGCAUUAUAAACAAUCAGACAGCUUUGAAAAACGUCCACUCAAAUUCAGAUGCUGCACAAUCGAGUGAGUCAUCUAGUACCGGUUAUACAACACGCUAUGUAUUAUCAAGAACUACAACUGUCAAAAGUGAAUUGAAACGUGCCAAGUCCCAAGAAAAGUGCUCCGAUCUUUCACAGUUUUCACAUCCGGGAAGUUUAACCGCAAGUUCUAGCUCAUUAGAUAAUCUAAACUGUGAGACAAUUAAAACAAUUUUAUUCAGUGAAUGGAUAUCCCCUAAACAAGGUACGUUUUAUUCAUAAAGUUUGUGUGAAAAGAAUAGUAAUUUUUUGUAAUAUCUUACCUUUCCUCAUACAUUAUUCUGUAUCCUAUAUAUAGACUUACAUUUUGUCCCAAAUCUCUGGAUCGGGACAUCUCGUGGAUGUGUCCUUGCUUUGAAUCUAAAGUAUCGAGUAUUGAAUAAUGUCCCAAUCAAUCACUCAUAUUGUAUUGGUAAUUCCUGUUCCUUUUUCUAUUAAUAGUACAUUUUCUGCAUUGAUAUAUGUUUACGUUUGUGAUUUGGAUAAAUAACGCUACAUUAUAUUUUAAUUUUUCAUUAUUCAUAUUAAUGUAUGCGUUGUUAGUGCUAAUUAACUUUGACUUGAGCUCCAAAAAUGAUACCUUCUUAUAUAUGUAGAAAAAGAGCUCUUCCUUCAUAUCUUGCAGGUACACUUUUUGAAUGAAUACCGAUAAAAGAGAAACGUAGAUCAGUCAGCUAGUAAUCGAUUCCAGCCAAAAAUGUCAUGAGUCAACUUGGUUUAUUGAACACGUUACGAGCCCCAUCAAUGAUUUCGAGUGAACAUCAAAAAAUGAACAAUAUAAUAAAUAAUGUAAUACUAUUGGACGACUAGAAAUCUGCAUAAUUAGUUAGGGGAGUCAUUAAAUCUAACAGCAUAUCAGUUCUUAUCGCAAACAUCGAGAUAGGUGAUGAGAAAGAGAAAUCUGCAUGUUGUUAAACUAGGUGAGAGGAAGCAAAAGUGAUUAGUAAGCAUAUUUGAUGUAGAAAAAAUCACAGCGAUAUGUCAUUGACCCACUGUGCUGAUAAAGCCUUAUCUAGUUAGCACGAUUAUACUUUCUUUUGUUUGGGGACGUUAUUCUUUUACAUGCAAAAUAAUAUUUCGCAGGAAUUAGGUUGUAAAAGAAGCCUUGGACAGAUGAUUUUGUCUGUGUUUUAGUUCAGUAACAACUAACCCCAUUUACUCAUUUUAAUUGAUAAUCCCUAAUAUCAGUCCUCUGAACACUAGAUAAAUGAUCUAUGUGAAUUUCCUUCUUAGGUUUCAAGGGAUUUAAUUAUAGCUAACUGGUAUUUGGUGUUUUUGUUCUGAAAAUGCUGAUUAAUCUCUAUGAUGUAAUGUGAAAACGAAGUGUUAUGAUGCUGUUAAUCGUAGAAUAGCUAUCCUUAGUCGUUAAAGUACUAUAAUAAUGAUAUAACAUAUUCUAAAAAUAAUAAUUACAGAAUUCAUGACAGUUUAUACAGGCAUGAUCAGUUUGAUUUAGAUACUAAUAUUAAGUGUAGAGAAUACAUGGAAAAUUAGAUUGUUGCAAGUUUUCUCGUUCAAAAAUUGUUUAGAUAGUACAUUUGUCAAACGUAUUACAACAAUGAAAGGCAUCAGCUGAAAACUGUUAAUUCUUUGAAUGUGAACAUCCUGUUGAUGUAUUUAAGGUCAUUCUUGGCGCCAUAACAAAUUGAUUAUAACCAUCUAUAACUAGAAAAAUUAAAAUGGAAACAGAAAGCACUGAGCAACGAAAGCAGUAAUUACUACGAUAGGUCAGUUAGGUCUACCAUAAUACAUGUGCCAGGUUAUUUUAUGAUAUACUGUUCGUGUUAGAUAUUUUUCAAAUUAGUUAGUUACACUUACGUUGUAAGUGUAAAGUAACAACAGAUAGGUAGGUUUACUUAGUAUAUUCAGUAAUAAAAACAACUAAACAUUUAAAGGUCCUAUAAUCUCACUUCUGGAAUAAGAUACAAUAACAGGUGUAAGGUCGUUUAUAACAUUUUCAGAGAAGUAAGCAUCGAUGUAGCAAAGGAUAGGAGUGUCUAUAGAAAAGAAGAAUUGAAUUUUCUACUUUUGAGCCAUUAUGAAACGCUAACAACUCUUCAUUAAUAUUUUUCUUUGAUUUGGUUAAAAAAUAUACUUAUUUGUGCAACUGACGUGAAAUCGUUUGACUUAAAAAACAUUUCUGUAGGUGUCAAUUUGUUACGAUAUUUAGCUGGUAUAAAUAAUUCGUUAGGUUUACUAAACCUGUACGUUUCAAGAGGUGUGCAGGAAUAUAUACAGGAGAUAGUGAUCAGAUAGAAUGUGUCAAUGGCAUCUACAAGACUUGCUUAAGUAGAAGGUAUCCCAGUUUGAGAAUCUUGCCGGGGAGUGCAGAAGGUCCCAGUCAGCAUGCCUAUAAUCUCUAUAUGAAUGGGUUUUCCGUAUGGGUUUGUUAUAAAAAAGACAAAUAGGGAGAGCACCAACUACUGUGUUAUUGUCACUACUUUCAAAUUGAUUGUAUACUUGUGUAGACAGUAGGAUGAUAUCUCUACAAAAUAUCAGAUCAAGUAUAUUACCAUUCAUUGUUGAGAUACAAACCCACUGUGACCAGCAGUGUAUGUUAAUUGACGCUGAGAAUUCACCAUUACAUGACUGACAACUACCGGUAUUCCAGCUUAUUCCAUGGUAAUUAAAACAUCCUGUAAUAAACUUUGUAUUGAAAUUUAAAGUAGAUGUAUGUAUCAAUGCAUUAAUAAUGAGAUCAUUCACAUUAUCCGAGCUACUUUCUUGCUCUGUCCACUUGUGUGAAAAAGGUUACUCUGUUCACGUCACCAGAUAAAGUAGAAAAGUAUGGUGAGUGAAUAAACGACAAGGAAUAUUGGACAUUUAUCUCACUUAACUAAUUACCUAAAUCCUGAACUGUUUUAUUGAUUUUCUUUCAAAUAACUAUGUACCAGCUUAAAUGGCAUGUGCAUCUCUUAUAUGUCUGCAUGUCAUAUUGGUAUGCAUGUUUGUAUAUCUAUCCUAUAUCUCUGUAUGCAAGUUGAUUACUUGUUAAAUAACUGUCAAUUUUACUUGAUUAGUAGAAUCUAUCUUGCAUUUAUGCUCAAUGUUAAUAUUGAUUUUCGUCUUCAAUCUGCACACACAAAAGCAGUGUUAUGUAUACACAUAUAUUAUUGAGCUUGAAAUCCUUCUGAACUGAAAUAUAGAAAGUUCAUUUGUAUUGGCAAGCUAGCAAAACUAGCUAUCUAACUUAUUCGUUUUAUUAAGACAUCGGUCUUUUUUCUCAUGAUGAAAUAAUUUUAUUAUAGAAUACCCAAGUAUAUAUUGACUACUCUUGUUUAAUCACUAAAUUUGUAUUGUAUUUUGGAAUGUCUCGCUACUUUCUGUUUAUCCGAAACUAAUAAGAGAGUAUUAAAUACUUAAUAUUUAAAUUACUUACUGUGUUUUCAGUUGCUUGUCCAUUCAUCCAAUGCUUGAAUUUUAAUUAAUCCAUAAGCUUGUAACAGUAUUUUAUUGAGACAUCGGGCAGAUUAACUAAAUUGUAGUCCAAUCUAGCAACUCUUAAAUAAACUUUGUUAUAUUUAACACUUGAAUUCAUGAACUGAUUCAAGCUAGACCACCAUGAAAAACCUGUAGGCAUUGGACGGUCGUUUCGUCCUAGUAUGGGACUCAGCUGUGCAGAUCCACGAAUAUAUAGUAUAAAUAUUUUCAUCUGGAUAUUUUGGUCUUUUUUACUGUCCAUAAAAUACAAAUGUUUAACAUGAAUAUUUGUAACCAACUUCUGUAUGUGAUAAUUAAUAAUAAAGUGACACCACGGUUUUCGGUGGGAAAUACGUAAUCUUAAUCCGAUCCAAAAACCAGUCAGCAAUAUUUGUCAUGAUUUCUGAACGAUUCUUCCCUUCUUUCAGCUAAAACCAGAGGACUGAAUUUAUCGAUUAAAUUUAUCUUGUUAAAGAAUUAUUUCAGUAGCUCGAUAGACUAAUUUUGUCAAAAUGUGAAUCAAAUAUACCUCUAUCUUACAUUCUGUCAAACAAGUCUUAGUUAGGUUUCUAUUUUUCAUUUAGAAAACAUGAACGUUCAUGUGUCUGAAAUUCGUAGUUCUCACUGACACAUCAACUAGAUAAACAUUUUACAGACUGGAAAAUAUGAUUAUCAGAUUUUAAUAAAAGUAUUAAUAAUUGGAAUAUACUUUUUUUUAAAUAACUGUCUGUAAUCACUUACCACUCAUCAAAUUGAUGUAUUAUUUUAAUUUGUUAACGGAAAAACUCGGUUCUAGGCAUAAAAAGGACUAGAGUGGAAUGAUGUUGAAUGCUUUUAGCAAAUUUACUGGGUCCAACUCGACAAUGUCCAUUUAAGACAUUUUCGUUUACUUGAAGAGUCAAUUUAAAAAAUUACAAUUAUAUACAUUUCUCAAUAGGAUUUUAACUGUGAUCCUACGUUAACUAACAUCGAAAUAUAUGGUCAUUGAAAAUUUGCUACAAUUUUAUCAACUAGUAAGCCUAUGUUAAAAAUCUAACCAUCUGAAUUUAAUAUUCUGUGUUGAUUAGUCUUUCUAAAUGGAAUAAUUCCUCGAAGGCUCCAGUAAUACACAUUUCUCCAAUCUUUUUAUUUCUAUCUACCCUUUGCCAAUAAUGUGCGCGCAUAUGUGCUUCUUUUAAGCAAACACAUAGAGGUCGAAAUUAAUAUAAGUAAUCUUGUAAUAUUACUGGCUUAUAUCUUAUAUCUGUAAUGUAUAGACUACAAAGAUGCUUAAUGAGUGUUGUCACAGGCCUGUUACCACACCCGUUCAGAAAUAUUGCGGAUUUUUAAGACUAAUCGCAAUAAAUACUCUAGAAAUUUCUACUUAUUUAUUUAUACUCUUUAUUUUAGCUUCUUUGUAUCGUUUACGUGGAGAUAUUAUUCACAUUAGCCUGUUGGAUAAUACCGGUGAUAUUUUACCGAGUCCUUCUGAGCGUUGGGAUGAUUCAUUUAUUUUCAAAGGUGGUGCUGCCUCUGAACUUUCGAAACAAGCAUCUCUUAUAUCUUGUUCAUCCAUAUGUUCUGAAGGAACUUCUAUGUAUACUAAUGCUGACGCAUAUAGUUCAACUGAUACUGGUUUCAAGUCUUGUGGUGGUGGUGGUGGCAGUGUUCGAGCAUUAAAAGAGUCAGUUAUUCGACAAAAUACAGUCACCACACAUACGUCUUCAACAUCAACAUCCGGUCACUCUAGUACUAUACUAUCCAAUACUAUGAGCGGUGGUGUCAGUACAUUUCAGUCAAGUGGUACAACUGGACUUGAUUCUCCUACAACAUCCAAAGGUUUUAUCGAGUGUGACCGACAGCUGGUUGUCCUUUGUUCAGAAAAGCAAGCUCGAGUAGUUGCACUUCCUUCACAAAAUUGUCUUUAUAAGGUAAAAAUAACUGAAACAAGUCAAGUGGUACGUGCUUCCGUACAACGUUUGAGACCAUCGCAUAAUAGCGGAACAUCAACGGCUAGUUUCCUCGCAUGUUAUCUUGCAAAUGGACAUUUUGUUGCCUUCUCAUUACCGAGUUUACGUUUACUAAUGGAUGUGGAUUAUUUACCGUAUACAGAAUGUGUAAGCCGUUCGUUUGCAUUUGGUCAGUAUGGUCAAUCUGUGUAUUUGGUGUCGCCCUCAGAAUUAGCUAAAAUCACCUGGGCAUCAGAUGUUUGUGCGAAUUUACGUGAUAUGCAAGGUGAGAUAUUUCUACCAAGUAAUAUGCCAGAACCUCCUAAGAAAAACUUUUUCAAAAAUUUGUUAAGUGGAACUUUGGUAUCUUCAUUAGAUCGAGAUGAAUUGUUUGGUGAAGCAAGUUCGGGGAAGGGGACACCUGGCGCUACUACUCUGCUACCAAAUGCUCGUUUGGAAAAGUUAUCUGGUCAAACUGGUGCUGCCUCUUCUGAAAUUGCACGAGCUAGAAAUGCUGCUAUCGAACGUGGUGAGCGGUUACAGCAAUUAGACCUACAAACGCAAGAGAUGGCUGAUCAAGCUAAAGGUUUUGGUCGUUCUGCUGCUAUUCUCGCUGCCAAAUACGAGAAAAAGGACAAACGCUGGGGUUUGCCAUUCUAAAGAAGACUAUUAUUGCAGCAAUUGACCCUUCCUUAUUUCCCUAUUUGAUUGCUCUCAGGUAACUUUGUUGACUUAGUAUUUCGGGGCCUACAAGAUUUCGUAACUGUGUUCUAUCUCACUUUAACCUAUGUGCUAAAAACAAUGAUGAACGAUAUUCUACUUUCAUAUUGAGGACGAGUGAACAUUAUGUUUAUAUUUUCGUUCUUCGGUUUUCCUCCUUAAUAUAUAUAUAUCUGACGUAAUAACAUGUACGAUGUAGGGACUUACGUUUCUGUAUGCUUGUGACUAAUCGUCACUGUAACCGUUGUUUUUGUAUUGACUGUGGAUUUUGAACUUCUUAUUGUAUUUUCUGUUGCGUUAUCAAGAUGUUUAUAUUUGAGUUAUUAUUUUCUAGCAUCAUACGGAGUUCUUGUUUGUGAUGUCUUACACAAUUUGUGUUGUUGGUCACCACUCUAUAUCCAUCAGAUAUACAUCAUAAAUAUUCACUUGUUCAAAGGAACAUAAUUCCUCCUCUUGGUUAAUUUACAUUAACAACUGUGAUUGCUAUUUUUGUUGUACUGUUGGAUCAUAUGACAAUUUUGUCUCACCACUCACUUUAUAUAUAUAUACCUUCUAGUCUUCAUUAGCUGAAUCUUAAUUAUUUCAUAAGCUUGUAAAAGCGUCGAACGCAUUAUUUCAAAAUCGAUCGCUCUCUUCAGAAGCUCUCUGUCACAUUCAUCCCUAAAUUUAUUGGGUCAUUUUACUCAUUCAUUAUUUUUCAUUUCGUAUGUUCUAUUUAUAUCAUUAAAACUUAGAAACAAAAUAACAAACUUUGUCCAUCGUUUUCUUUCUUAUGAUAGUUUCACUUAAGUUAGACAAUCCAGUAUACGUAAAAUAAAGAAAACUCCUGAUUAUUAAUCAAUAACUGAUAAGUAAUCAUCGUGCUUCUGUACAUUGAAGAUUUAUGAAAUUCAUUUUCCCAUACGAAGGCACAUUAACUUAAGGUAGUAAUUUUUGUACUGUCUGUUUAUGAGACUAAAAAAUUGAUGAAUGAGUUACGCU